UUUCUUUUUCAUUCAUUUGAAACCAUAGUGGUUAUAAUAAUACCCAAAAAAAAAAAAAGGGCACAGUUUACCAUGGAAAGAAUUACCAAGCUUUUUGUGGUCUUAUUUUUGAUCGUGAACUCAAAUUUUUUGAGCGUGGAAGGUGUUCGCCUCAUGCAGGCUGAGGGGCAGUUUGGCCUAAAAAAUGUUCUGAUUAAACUCAAAAUAGGAGCUGAAGCUGAAGCCACAUUUGAGCCGGGCCCUGGCAAGAUGGAGAUGAUGAACCAGCAGCUUACUUCAGCGUUAUCGGAGGCCCUCAAAGGUUACCACAUGGCUGGAACUGGCCCCGUCUCAAUCGGACAAGAAACCUAUGUGGUUCCGUCUGAUUCAAGCCCAAAUAACGGCAACUAGCUACCCUGAUAGUUGGAUACGAUCCAAACAUAAUAAGAGAUUUUUUAUUUUUAAUUCAUGUAUGCUCAUUUUGUGGAGCUGAUUUUGAUGUUUAAUGGUUGGAACCAAAAUAAUGAACCAUUUUUGCUAUCUUUACCUCUCUUG